AUGGCGAAUCAAACGGGCAAUUACUAUGGGGACAUUUAUCAGUGGAAUCACACGGUGUCCAUGGACGGCCACGGAGACGCGCAAAUGGAAUAUUACCUGCCGAAUUGGACGGACCUUGUUUUAGCGGGACUGUUCACCAUGUUGAUCAUCGUCACUAUAGUAGGAAACACCCUAGUAAUUGCCGCUGUAAUAACAACUAGGCGCCUAAGGUCCGUGACUAAUUGUUUCGUAUCCAGUUUGGCCGCUGCGGAUUUAUUGGUUGGCCUGGCUGUCAUGCCACCGGCAGUGUUGCUACAGCUCACAGGUGGUACUUGGGAGUUGGGCGAAGUGCUAUGCGACUCUUGGGUCUCCCUCGACGUCCUCCUCUGCACUGCCAGCAUUCUGUCGUUAUGCGCCAUAUCCAUAGACAGGUACCUAGCCAUAACUCAGCCGUUAAUAUACAGCCGGCGACGUCGAAGUAAACGACUGGCCGGUUUGAUGAUCGUGGCGGUCUGGAUCCUGGCCGGCGCCAUAACCAGCCCUCCUCUAUUGGGAUGCUUUCCGCGUGCAACGAAUCGCGACAGUAAAAAAUGCUCGUACAAUAUGGACUCCUCGUACGUGAUAUUCUCCGCGAUGGGAUCCUUUUUUCUACCGAUGCUGGUGAUGCUGUACGUUUACGGGAGGAUAUCCUGCCUGAUCGCGAGUCGUCAUAGAAACCUCGAGGCCACCGGCAACGAAAACAUCCUACCGCGCAGAAAAAUUUUGAUCGAACGAGCAAAGAGUAUCAGAAUACGAAGAACCGAAUGCGUCAACACCACGGUGAGCUGCGACAAGCCUUCAGAUGAGACGGAGCCACCGAGCACCAGCAAAAAGUCGGGGAUUGUCCGUAGUCAUCAGCAGAGUUGCAUCAACAGAGCAGCUAAAGAGACAAAAACCGCUGGCACAUUGGCGGUGGUCGUAGGUGGAUUCAUCGCGUGUUGGUUACCUUUCUUCACCCUCUAUCUGGCCACACCUUUCAUACCCAUGAAACCGCCAGAUGUCCUUAUGUCGGCACUAACGUGGCUAGGGUGGAUUAAUUCAGCUAUAAAUCCUUUCAUCUACGCUUUUUACUCGGCCGACUUCAGGCUGGCGUUUUGGCGGCUGACGUGUCGAAAGUGCUUCAAGAGUAGAACCAACUUGGACCGGAGUAAUCGAAAGCUACCGAUUCCGGCGAACGGGAGGAAAGAAACUUCGAGAGCAUGA